GUAUGUGCAUGGGCAAUUGAAUAAAUAUACAUACUUUUCCUGAAGGUUGUUGGGCUUUGGACUCUGCCACGCGGGCGCUAAGGAAAAGAUCGGGCGGAGCUCCAACCGUGGCCCUGUCCAUCUUUCUUGUUGGGCAAGUAAUAAACUGCAUCUAAUACCUACACCGAGUUGCCUGGAUAAUUUACCUCACGCACACUCCCAUCUCCAAUUCUCCCCAUCUCGACGGGUGCUGUUGUCUGAUAUAUACUUAGAAGCAGCUUAGGCAGGUGCCCUCCCUCCUUUCUCACCUUGCGCCCAGUUCAUCCGUUGAGAACUUCUUCUUGCCGACAUAGCGGCACCUGUCAUCAUGUCUGCAGCGCCAGCUAUGUUCGCGCGGUCCUCGGCGCAGCUUUGCAUGCGAAGCUCAAUCGUUGUUGGAGGUGCUCAAUCAUUCUCCAGAAGUACACAAUUUGUCGUCAAGCGAACACCAGCACUCGCCGCUCUCGCAAGAUAUUAUGCUUCAAAGUCUUUUCCUCCGCACACUGUUAUCAGCAUGCCAGCGCUCUCACCCACCAUGACUUCGGGAAACAUCGGUACAUGGCAGAAGAAGGCCGGCGAUUCACUCGCACCAGGUGAUGUCUUGGUCGAGAUUGAGACAGACAAGGCACAAAUGGACUUCGAAUUCCAAGACGAGGGAACACUCGCAAAGAUCCUGAAAGAUUCAGGCGAGAAGGAUGUUGCAGUCGGAUCCCCAAUAGCGAUUAUGAUCGGUGAAGGAGAGGACGUUUCAGCAUUCGAAUCCUUCUCCGUGGAUGACGCCGGUGGUGAGAAGGAAGCUCCAAAGGAAGCUCCUAAGGAAGAAGCCUCCGAAUCGUCGGAGCCCCCUAAUUCGGGCUCAUCGACUGCACCUCCAUCGUCUGAAUCAGGUUCCUCUUCCAUCAAGCCACAAGAGUCUGACUCGACAGGUGGUAGACUCGAAACGGUCUUGGAGCGUGAGUCCACUGCCAGCCCAGCCGCAAAGAAGCUCGCACUCGAGAAGGGCGUGCCGAUCGGCCAAGUCAAAGGCUCUGGCCCUGGUGGACGCAUCACCGUUCAGGACAUCGAAAAGUACAAGCCAGCUGCCGGAGCCGCUACUGGCGCUGCCGCUCCUGCUGCAUCAUACGAGGACAUCCCCGCCAGCAGCAUGCGCAAGACGAUUGCUAAUCGCCUUAAGCAAUCUAUGAACGAAAACCCCCACUACUUUGUCGCAUCCGCAAUCUCCGUCAGCAAGCUUCUCAAGCUACGGGCCGCCCUCAACGCUGAGGCUAACGGAGAAUACAAGCUCUCUGUAAAUGACUUUCUGGUCAAGGCCGUCUCCGUGGCAGCUCGUAAGGUCCCUGCAGCUAACUCGUCGUGGCGUGAAGACGGAGGGCAGACCAUGAUUCGCCAGCAUAACUCAGUUGAUGUUUCUGUCGCUGUCGCGACGCCUGUAGGACUCAUGACACCUAUCGUCAAGAACGUUGGUGCUCUUGGCCUCACCACGAUCUCGGGACAAAUUAAGGAUCUCGGUAAGCGCGCCCGUGAUGGCAAGCUUAAACCCGAGGAAUACCAAGGCGGUACCAUUACAAUCUCCAAUAUGGGAAUGAAUGACGCAAUCGACCGUUUCACUGCUGUUAUCAACCCUCCACAAGCAACUAUUGUGGCUAUCGGCACAACCAAGAAGGUAGCAAUACCAGUUGAGAAUGCGGACGGCACAACCGGUGUUGAGUGGGAUGACCAGAUUGUCAUCACCGGCAGCUUUGACCACAAGGUUGUCGAUGGCGCAGUUGGAGGCGAGUUCAUGAGAGAGCUUAAGAAAGUAAUUGAGCACCCCUUGGAGAUGCUAUUAUAGGCUUGCUCUAUCUUGGGUGGGUUUGUAGAGCGGAUCGGGCUGCAAUUUAGCCCUUAUGUAUAGUGUAGGUACCUAGUCUAGCUUCCCCCUUUUCAAUCACUCCAGCAGCGAUGCAUGUGUAACAAAGUAGCCUUCACGAAUGGUAUAGAUUUAUUUUAGGUUAUAUACAAAAUGACGCCUCGUGUGCCUGGGUAUCUUUGGGUAUCUCGAACGCCUAUAGAGUAUAGUAUAUCUCACGCUG